AACCCUAUACUAUCACUAACCUGAGCUCUCUGCCCCCACCCCCGUCGCUCCGCCUCUGCGGGUCGGUGCCUGAGCCUCCCUCCCGUCCCGCCCCUCCUUGAACUACGAGGCUCGUCGGCGCCGCCUCUCCGGUGCCACUGUCUCCCUCUUCACGACAAGGAGAUCUGCAAAUUCCCCACCUCUUCCGCUCCCCUCAUCCUUCUCCCUCUAGGCUCCUCCCCUCCCCUCCCAGUGUGAAGUAGGAUUUCCAGAAUGCGAAGGGCAUUGACAUCCCUAACUCCCCAUCUGGCAUCAGCCAAGAGGGGCUUCUGCACGAAGCCGGAGAAGAUUGUUACUUCCGUCCUGUUCGAGAGGUUGCCUGUCGUCAUUCCUAAAAUCGACCCGGUGGUCUACGCAUUUCAGGAGUUCUCGUUUCGUUGGCAGCAGCAAUAUCGGAGGAAAUAUCCAGAUGAAUUUCUCAAUAAGUCCAGUACGAGGGGGAAAGGUGAAUACCAGUUUGACUAUGUACCAGCUCCACGGAUUACCGAAGCUGACAAGACAAAUGAUAGAAAGUCUCUUGAGAGAGCUCUUGACAGAAGGCUGUAUCUCCUUCUCUAUGGUAAUGCUUAUGGGGCUCCUACUGAAGACCCUGUCUGGCAUUUCCCUGAAAAAGUUUAUGAAUCCGACGAGACAUUGCGAAAGUGUGCAGAGUCUGCCUUACACAAUGUUCUAGGAGAUCUUUCCCACACAUAUUUUGUUGGAAACGCUCCCAUGGGUCAUAUGGUUAUACAGCCAAAGGAAGAUGUAAAAGACCUUUCACCAUUUAAGAGAUUCUUCUUCAAGUCCCAAGUAAUUGCAACGACCAAAUUCAACGUCGGGAAGUGUAAAGAUUUCGUCUGGGUCACAAAGGAUGAAUUAUUGGAGUAUUUUCCUGAGCAAGCCGAAUAUCUUAACAAGAUGAUAAUCAGCUGAGGCGGCUCCUCAUCUUAAAACUAUGGGUGUCAGAGGGUUCCCUUGCCAAACAUUCUCUCAGCUCAUGUGCUUGUUCUUUUUGCACGACCAGAGUUAUCACUGACAGUGACUAUCUGAGGAAAAGACCUCCUGUCUUUUCUUGCUGGGUAGGAAAGACCUGUCAGAUAGAGAAUAAUAGUCUUAGGUGGGAAUGGUCGGAGGACAAUUUUGCCUGCUAUAGAGGCUAGCAUUUGAUCAACACAAGAUGGUCGUUUGAGACCUACUCACUGCAAUUGACAACAGUUGAUGCGGAGCUCUGUUUCUCUGACACCGUGACCUUCUUAUCUUUUUUAAGCGAGUUAUAUUUCCAUUUAUC